AUGUCCCGUCUCUCAAGUUCGCGGUCUUCGUCGACAUUGUCGCUCAACUCAUCCUUUUCCUCCUCUAUUACUACCCCAGAUUCAGAUUCUGGAAUAAUAGCGUCGUCAGUCCGAAACCAUGUUUCUCCCUUGAAUUCCAGUGACAGUUUCAUCCUCGUUACUGGCGGUCUUGGUUUCAUAGGAUCACAUACCUCUGUUGAGCUUCUCAAAGCUGGAUACAACGUCAUCAUUGUCGAUGAUCUCAGCAAUAGCUAUCACAAUGUCCUUGGCAAGAUCAACACCCUUGCAGCAAAGUACUGCGCCCAACAGGGACUCAAACUCCCAACACUGCACUUCCACAAGCUCGACUAUCAGAGCAAAGCCAUGAGAUUUCUCUUGGAGUCCUACUCAACGCUUGUACCGACCUUCUCUGAAAGCUCAGGAGAGCUUAUCAAGAUUCAGUCCAAGAUCUCUGGCGUCAUUCACUUUGCUGCCUUCAAGUCUGUGAGCGAGUCUAUCGAGAAACCGUUCCAGUACUAUCGCAACAAUGUUUGUGGGCUCGUCGACUUUGUCGAACUCCUUGGCAAGCAUAACAUUCACAAGUUUGUCUUUUCCUCUUCAGCUACUGUCUACGGAUCCAAGGCCGCAAAGGGCGAGCGUCUGAGAGAAGAAGAGGUUGUACAUCACGACACCCUCUAUGUCGAUGAGUUCAAUAAUGAAACUCUAGCGGAGCCAUCGGUCUCUGGACUGACAUCGCCGUAUGGACGCUCCAAGUACUUUUGCGAAGCUAUCUUGGCGGACAUUGCACACGCAGACCCUUCCUGGCGUAUUGUUGCUCUAAGAUACUUUAACCCGAUUGGGUGCGACCCGUCGGGACUACUUGGAGAAGAUCCGAAGGGUAUCCCAACAAACCUCUUCCCUGUCAUUGCACAGGUGCUGACGGGUUCCCGAUCGGAGCUUGAUAUCUUUGGCACAGACUGGAAUACUAGAGACGGUACGGCGAUUCGAGACUUCAUCCACGUCGCGGACCUGGCCCGUGGGCAUGUUGCAGCUCUUAGCUCAGAUAUCGAGUCACCGUUUCGCACCUUUAAUCUUGGCACGGGCAAUGGGACCACAGUUGCCGAGGCUGUCAAGAGCUUGGAGGGGGCAUCUUUGCAAAAUAUUGCCGCCAAGCUAGCACCGCGGAGAAUAGGGGACGUCGGCUUCUGCGUGGCGGCCAACGACCGUGCGAAGAAGGAGCUUGGCUGGACAGCGAAGGAGACUAUUCAGCAGUGUGCAAAGGAUUUGUGGAACUACGUUAACCGACCACAAACUGGACUGUCUUUUUCAUAG